CCUAUAAAAAAAUAAUAUUUGUGCCUAUCUACGUAUCAUGGGCUAAAUUUUUGUCAAAAAAGUUAUUUUUUAAAAAAUAUAGGUGACGCAAUUACAAAUUAUUCAAUAUUCAUUCCAGCAUAAAACAUAAACUUACAUAGUUUCGUUCAAUAUUAUGUUAUUAUUGUAGUGAUGUGAAGUCCCUGACGAUUUGAAAAUUGUGUCUAGUGCAGUAUGAAUUUCAAACAAGCUACACUAUGCAUUUGCUAUAAAAUUGGUUUCGUGUAAUGCUAAAAACAUUUAUAUUAUUUAAUUGUUUUUUCCAUUACACUUUAUUAUGGAAUAUAUUGAAUUGGUGCUCAUAACAUGAUGAUUCAUUGACUUAGGAUUCUACAUCACUUGUAUCCUUAAAGCUAUACAAAAUUAGUUUUUACAUAAAACAGACUUACUUGUUCUAAAAGAAAAUUUAAUUUCGUGCCAUCAUGUUAUGUGUACUAUUUUAACCAAAAAAGCACUACGACUGGGAAAAUUCUAUAAUAAUUAAAACAUAAAUUCAUAUUUCUUUUUAAAACAUAUGUAAUGGUACAUGGGUAUUGUGAACUUUUGUUACAUGUAUUCUCUAAUUUGUAAUAUUUUUUCUAGCAUGUAGCAAUCAAAACCCAUUGCACACAAAAACCAUGGAUGGUGAUGUUAAAUGAUCUGUACAAAUGGGAAUGAUGGAUGAGUGUGAAGAACUUAUCUUGGAAUGUUGGAUUCCAAUAAAAUUUGUUGGCACUGGGUGGAAAUAUAAGCAUUCCUGGUUAAUAUUUUCCUACAAUAUUGUUACUAUGGCUGAUAAGAAGCCUAAAAGAAAUUCUUCCAAAUAUUUUUAUUAUGAUGAACAGAAAGCAAAAAGAAGAAAACAAAAAUCUCGAAUAAGAUCUCAAACUCCACCAUUACCUCACAGAAGUGGGACUAGUACUGAAGAACUUUUGCUAAAAAGAGAUUCUCUAAAGAAGCAGCUGCAAAAGUUUAAGCACAUUUCUAGAAAUGGUGGUAAUCAACAUACUGAGGAAAAUAGGAAACGAAAAUACACAGAGGGAAAAGAUGGUAAACAAAAAAGAUAUAGUGAAGAUAAAAGCAAAAAUAGUCAUGGUCAACAAUCAAAAAGUGCUCCAUCAAAAUCAAAUAUAGAAAUUGCAUCAGAGUCUGAAGACGAAGAAAGUAUAAUUGAAAAAAGAAGGAUACAAAGGAAACAAUUGUUAAAAAAAUUUAAUCAAUCACAUGAUGAUAACCAUUCAAAAAAUACUGAGAGUAUUAUAGAAAAGAAUAAUGGGGGUAAUGAUCAAAAGCUCACUGAUGUAAACCCAACUUCUGCUGGAGAGACUGAUGAUUUCACAGAUAUGUUUUCUGAGAAAGAUGAUUUUAAAAUUAAAGAUCUUCUUAAAGUGGACAAAAAUGAUUUUACAAAUAAUUCAACUCUGACUGAUAAUUGGGAUGACCACGAAGGAUACUAUAAAAUAAGAGUUGGUGAUGUUGUCAACAACAGAUUCACAAUAAAAGAUACAUUAGGACAAGGUGUGUUUGCCAAUGUAGUGCGUGCUCAAGAUAAUGGUCAAGGAAACAACUAUGUAGCAAUAAAAAUAAUUAGAAACAAUGAGUUGAUGUACAAAACUGGCUUAAAAGAGAUUUCUAUAUUAAAAGAAGUCAAUGAGGCGGAUCCAGAAAAUAAAUAUCAUUGUGUGCAAUUUUUAGGGCACUUCAUGCACAAAGGACAUCUCUGUUUAGUUUUAGAAUCCUUACAUAUUGAUUUGCGAUGUGUACUUAAAAAAUAUGGUAAAAAUCAUGGUUUAAACAUGAAAGCCAUUAUUAGUUACAGCAGGCAAUUACUCUUGGCAUUGAGAUUACUGAAGAAAGUUGGGAUUGUGCAUGCAGAUAUAAAGCCUGAUAAUAUUUUAGUGAAUGAAAGGAAGAAUAUCCUAAAGUUGUGCGAUUUUGGUUCUGCUGCAAAAAUUGAUGAAAAUGAACCAACACCAUACUUGGUGUCAAGGUAUUAUAGAGCUCCAGAAAUAAUUUUAGGGAUUCCUUACAAACAUGGUGUUGAUUUAUGGUCUUCGGCUUGUACAAUUUAUGAAAUGACGACAGGAAAAAUCCUCUUCACUGGAAGCUCCAACAACAAAAUGCUCAAAUGUUUUAUGGACUUAAAAGGCAAAAUACCAAACAAAUUAAUUAGAAAAGGCAAAUUUAAAGAUCAACAUUUUAAUUAUAAUUAUAAUUUUUUACUCCACAAAAAGGACGAAUUUACUGGUAGAGAUAAAUUAGUUGAGGUGACAAAUAUCAAUGCAAAUAGAGAUUUGAAUAACGAAUUGCGAAAUUGUUGUAAAAAUAUGACAGACAAGGAAGAAAGGAAAAUGACACAGCUAAAGGAUUUGUUAGACAAAAUGCUAACACUGGACUCUAGUCAACGAUAUUCAGUAGCAGAUUGUUUGAAGCAUCCAUUUGUUCAAGAUGUUUUAACAAAGUAGACAAAUUUAAAUAUGGAUCACUAUUCAAUUUCUCAGAUUAAUUAAUGUCUAAUAAAACAAAAUGAUAUUACUUAAAA